CUGUAACUUCAGCAAUGGAGUACAGCAGGUACUGUCUGUCCCCGCUGUUCUUGGUGUUCGGUGUGAUAUCUCUGUGGUUUGUGUGUCUCGGUCUGACCAUAGGCCUGGGACACAAGACCAGUGCCGUGUUCAUCAGUGACACCGGGACGGAACAUCCUGAACGGGGCAUCUUCACGAUGACCCUGAACAUCGGCGCUUCCGGUAUCGCUGCAACACUGAUUCUGAACUAUCGCUACGUCGCCCAACAUGGCGGACCGACCAGACUGAACAGGGCUACCCUGAUAAUCGGACUGCUAGCGGCGCUGGGACUGAGCAUGGUGGGUGCCUUUCAGUGGGCGGAGAUGUUCGUGGCACACGUUAUUGGAGCAGCAAUGGCCUUCCUUCUUAGUACGGCCUACACGUGGCUACAGACUGUCCUGACGUACAAACUACGAGAUUCUGGCGGCACAACCAUGGGUACAUUUGGUCUGAGGUUGUUCUUAGCGAUUCUGGUGACGGGCACCUUGGUGCCGUUUGUGAUAACACUCGCCCUGGUCUUCACCAAAACAGCGGACACUCCUGAUAUGCGAGUAGCGACUGUCACAUUCGAAUGGCUCCUGGGAAUUUCACAACUGAUAUAUCCUGCUUCGCUGGCGUGGGAGCUGAGAAAAGUCACAACAGUCGUCAUUUUCCUGGACAUAAAAGGGAUCAUUGUAAAGGAAGCGGCAAGGCUUAGGUCGACUGAAAUGGCACCUCACUUUGACGUCUCUAGCGAGGCCGUUUACAUUUAGUAUCUGUAACAAAACGUUAAACAGUAUCUACUAGUAAGUGCUUGUACUUCGCACACAUGUACAGCGG